UGUGAUGAUAUCCCAUACACAGGUGGAAACGAUGCUGAAGUUUUUAGAAAUCGAAAAGGGUAUUUUUCGAUAAAUGUGCAAGCUGUUUGCAAUGCAAAUUUAGAACUUUCCGACAUUGUAGCGCGCUGGCCAGGAUCGGUUCAUGAUUGCAACAUAUUUAAUAACUCUAGAAUACGUCCCUUAUUCGAAGCUAAUACAUUUGGAGAUGGAUUAUUAGUUGGCGACAGCGGAUACCAACUGCGAUCAUAUGUAAUGACACCGUUGGGCAAUCCAAGAACUUGCUCCGAACAACUGUAUAAUGAAUCGCUGAUUAGAACUCGAAAUACUAUUGAACGAACAUUUGGAGUGUGGAAGAGAAGGUUUCAAGUCUUAGCUCUUGGAUCCAGAUUUCAGAAAACGGAUACAUUACUAGCUAUGAUAGUAGCUACUGCAGUAUUGCACAACAUUGCCAGACGUGCUGGUGAACUUUUGCCACCAGACGAUCCGGCACUUCAACUGCCCGCACCAUGGGAACACAUUUUGAAAGAAGGUAUAAUAAGACACGAAUUAAACAGGCCACAUCGAAAUAGGGUACAAAACCAUGUGCAAAAUGCAUUAAUAAAUGGUUACUUUCAAAGGUUACUGCGAACUCGCUCGAUUUUAUUUUUAUUUAUUUUUAAUCAUUGCUAGCGUUGAAACCUUUUGUAAUGUUCAUGUG